AUGGAAUCCUCAUCUGCUCCUCAGACUGCAUCUGGCGAUACAGCGCAGAUCCCCACCGACGCUGCUAAACAACCUCGCACACCUCCCAAAGCUUCAGCUGUACUACCGCCUCAAUUUGGGUCCACGCCUCCGAAGCCGACACUAAACGCACAACAAGGCAACGCUAUUGUGGGAAUAAAGGGACGUAAGCUUCGUGACCGUUUUUACACCCGACUAGACACAGACAUGUCCGGAAACUGGGUGGAGAUCCCGGUAGACAAGUUCUCGGACUUUCUGCCUGGAGAUGAACCGACAGACACAGUUCUCGCAACAUUCAACGAAGAGACUUUUGACGAGAGCAAAUUUACAACAACUAAUGAAGAGGAUAUGUAUACUCCAUAUUGUAGCACAGCCGAGAAGAUCCUUGCGUUGGGCCCGGAAGACAGAAGACUUGUUGCGAGAGACACAGGAAGAUACACGGAUACACGCGGUAGCCCCAACGAGAAAAUGCGACCGGACGUUAUACUCUAUCCUGCCACGAAGAAAGCCGAGGACGCGUACUCGCUGAAGGAGAAUGAGCUGGCCAAGGCGGCCGACAUGACGCCGGAACAGAAGAUGUAUGUCGCAAGGCCGUCCUGGGCUUGGGCGGACCUAGUCAUGGAUAUCAAGACCGAGAACGGCGACCAUCCAUUCCACUUCGCAGCGUCUGGAGAGGAAUUCCUGUUGGACACUGAAGCGGCAAUGGUGAGAAGAGGCCAGAUCGCCAACUACGCCGCCGCCGUGUUGCGCAAUCAACACCGCCAAUUCUGCUUCAUGGUUGUCGCUGCUGGGUGUCGUGCUCGCCUUCUGAGGUAGGACAGAAGCGGUGCCGUUGUCUCAAAGUCUUUUGAUUUCGUUCGCGAGAACAAAGACAUCAUGUUCCGCUUCCUAUACAAGUACAGCUGCAUGAGCCAGGAAGAGAGAGGCUACGAUCCAACCUUCGUCGAGGCUACACCCGCGGAUGUCGACGCGAUGAAGGCUUGGAAGGCUGAGGUC